AUGAACACAUGCAAAUGUUUUCUUGUAGCAUCGACCAAUGUUGGCAGUAUGAAUCAAUCACGAGCAUGGCACAAAGCGACCUUAUUAGCAAAUGGAAAAGUGUUAGUUACUGGUGGAAGUAAUCCUCUUACUAUAAAUACUGCUGAAUUGUAUGAUCCAUCAACAGAAACUUGGACAACUACUAGUAGCAUGAAACAUCAACGAAGUACGCAUACAGCAACCUUAUUAACAGAUGGUACAGUGUUAGUUACUGGUGGAAGUAAUCCUCAUACUAUAAAUAGUGCUGAAUUAUAUGAUCCAUCAACAGAAAUUUGGACAACUAUUAGUAGAAUGAACCAUGAACGAAGGGAGCACACAGCAGUCUUAUUAAAAAAUGAAAAAGUGUUAGUUGCUGGUGGAAGUAAUCCUUCUGCUAUAAAUAGUGCUGAAUUGUAUGAUCCAUCAACAGGAACUUGGACAACUACUGAUAUCAUGAAUCAAUCACGAGCAUGGCACACAGCGACCUUAUUAGCAAAUGGAAAAGUGUUAGUUACUGGUGGAAGUAAUCCUCUUACUAUAAAUACUGCUGAAUUGUAUGAUCCAUCAACAGAAACUUGGACAACUACUGGUACCAUGAGUCAAUCACGAGCAUUGCACACAACCACCUUAUUAAAAAAUGAAAAAGUGUUAGUAACUGGUGGAAGUAAUCCUUCUGCUAUAAAUAGUGCUGAAUUGUAUGAUCCAUCAACAGGAACUUGGAUAAACACUAGUAGCAUGAAAAUUUCACGAAUAGACUUCACAGCAUCUGUAUUAACAAAUGGAAAGGUGUUAGUUGCUGGUGGACUUAAUGGUAAUGGUUAUUUAAGUAGUGCUGAGUUGUAUGAUCCAUCAACAGAAACUUGGACAACUACUGGUACCAUGAAUCAACCACGAGCAUGGCACACAGCGACCUUAUUAAAAAAUGAAAAAGUGUUAGUUACUGGUGGAGAUAAUGGUACUGAUUAUUUAAGUAGUGCUGAAUUAUAUAAUCCGUCAACAGAAACUUGGACAAUUACUGAUAUAAUGAAGAGCCAACGAGUGGAGCACACAGCAUCCGUGUUAAGAAAUGGAAAAGCGUUAGUUACUGGUGGAUAG